UAUUGCGUUUUCCCAUUAUGUGAUAGCAUUUAUAUUACAUUGGGUGUAGCUGUAUUGUGCUGGUGAAUUAAUCUCUGCUCUUCAGCUGGGCGAAGCAGUCAUCUUUGGGGAGCUUAGCUUACACUGUCACUCACGAAAUCGUAAUGACACGAUUGCAAACAAACCAUACCACUCUCUGAUCGCGAGUUCUAUCCCCGCCCGUGGUUUGGUUUGUUUAUACUGUCACGUAUAACACUUAGCGAGAGAUAUACACUUUUCAGUGUAUAUACGCCAGGAUAUACACAUCCCUGUGUAUAUACAUGGUGAAUGUGUUUGUCUUCUGGUGAGUUUAACUGUAGUUUAGAAAUCACAGAAAUACACAAAUAUUCUUAAUGCAUUUUUGGGAAUUUGCUAGUAAAUGAUGGUCAUAUCCAAGUGUUGUAAAUGUUGUAUAUUAUCUAAUGAAGCAUCCAGAUGCUGUGAAUGAUGUGUACUGCUGGAUGAGACCUCCGGAUGAUGUCAAAGAUGUGUCCUUCCGUGAGAGUUGGAUGCUCAACUAGCGGAAAGGAAAGCUUCGAAAUGUGUGAUAAUUCCACAAGCUGAUCGUGAUUUCACUAAUACAUUUCACUCACGCGUGAAUGAUCAAAGAGGUGAAUGUCUGUGUUGCAGAUGAAAGUUGUGUUGGUACUCACCGUGGUGUCUGUGGCGGCGGCCCAGAAUUAUGGUGGAUAUGCAGGCGGUGGAUUCGGAGGAGGUGGAUUUGGUCAUGGCGGCGGAGGCAACGGCCCGGUGGACCUGAGCCUGGAGUAUAGCGACUACCACUUCUCGUGGCGUCACGACGGAGGCAAGAAGUACGACUGGCAUACCGCUAACUAUUACUGCUCCAGUCUGGGCAAGGGAUGGCAGGGCGUCAGCAUCGAAUCUCCAGCUGAGGACAAAAUUAUCUCCAACAUCAUCUACCAAGACAAACUGGAGUACAUCUGGACAGGUGGUUACCGUAAUGGCUAUGAAUUCGCUUGGCCCUCUGGCUAUCCCUUCUACGGUAUCAACUGGUCUCACACUGGAGGUCUGGGAAUUCCACAACCGGACAACCGAGAGGACGGUAAGGAGUUCUGUCUGGCAGUACUCAACGACUUCUACAAGGAUGGCAUUAGAUGGCACGAUGUCGCCUGCCACCACGAAAAGGCCAUCAUCUGUGAGCGUCGUCGUGAUGGUCACUACGGCAGAAAGUAACAUUUCCCACCUGAGUCAAGUCUCCUGCGUUCCUGGUCAAAACUGAAGAUAUUGGUCAACAUUUCUUAUA